AGGCGGGGAAAGAGUCUGACUGGGGUGUGUGAGCCACAUCUGGAAUAGUAGCUACAGAGAAAGAGUCGAGAGAAGCAGAACCUCGCUGAUCUACUUUCCCAGCUCUUCACCUCAGCACUCCCGUUUCACGGAAACAAACCUCCUGCUUUGCCUUUUUAUCUACUUGUAAAAUGCUGCUCAUCCUGCUUGGAGUGCUCGUCUUGCACCUAAUCAUUCUCAUUCUUCUCAUUGUGUCGACGGCAGCCAGUGCAUGGUCUGUAGAUGGGAAAAGCAGCUACGAUCUAUGGUACCAUUGCAAAACAGAUAAUGGAGGCUACAACUGCUCACCCACCAGCAGUAACGACUGGAUCCAGGCAGUCCAAGCCCUCAUGAUCCUCUCUGUGCUCUUCUGCUUCUUCUCCCUCAUUGCGUUUGUGUUUCAGCUGUUCAAACUGGUCAAGGGCGGACGCUUCUUCUUCACUGCCAUCUUCCAGAUCUUGGCAAGUGUGUUUGUGAUGUGCGGGGCCAUCAUCUACACUGUGAUGCGUGAUGAUACAUCCACCCCAAAUUACGGCUAUGCCUAUGUGCUGGCCUGGGUGGCUUUCCCUCUCUGUCUCAUCAGCGGCCUCAUUUAUAUUGUCCUGAGGAAGAAAGAAUGAGAGAAGGAGCAGAGAAGAAAAGUGGAGGGGUAGAUAGGAUACUCCUUAUAACAACAUCGCACUGUGCCUACUGCCCACAGACCAUAGACUGACAUCCCAACAAUACAACUAAAGCGCGUGUGUCACUAAUAAUUGUAAACACAAAAUGGAGACAUUUAUCACUGCUGGGGAUCUCUCUCUUUUUUUUGCUGUAUUUCAGUAUUCAUUAUGUUCCCAUCACAUGCUGAAAAAUCAUCACACGUGUUUUCUGUUUGUCAAUUUCACCAAAGGCCUCUAUAGAUGUUUCCUGUGGUGACAGAGUGUCUUCAAAGUGUGUUUAGAAAUGUUUUGGUGACAUAUUGACUAUUGUUGCACGCUGGCACCCAACUUCCACAAAUCCAUCGUGUGUGAUAACAAAGAUGAGUAACCCUUCAGUACAAAGAUGUACAUAGUGUCUGUGGUUUUUAGACAUAUUUAUAACAUUUUUACAUACAUUUUGUACAUAGUGUUGUCAAGUUAACAUUGUCAUGCUAAUUAACGUGAUAGAGUUUGUGUCUCUCACAAAUCAUGCAGCUGUGCCAAAGAAAUGUCACUUCAACUGCCAGAAUAUCAAUCUUUUUUGAAAUAUGUCUCUCUUUUUUUGAGUGUCAAAUGCUUUAAAGCCUGUUGCCUUACGUAGGAUAUCUGUGUACUUCUUGAAGGAAAUGAGGAAAUCCUCACUAAUAAAAAAUAAGAACAAUCAGAAGUGUUAGUAAACUCAUGAAGUUAUUUCUGAAUUAUCGUACUUGAUAUGCCAAUACUUGGCAUAUCAUAUAGGUGGAUAUUUUUCAUUUUGUCUUCUAGUUUUGAAAAAUGGUGCUUUUGUAUCUACUAUUCUUGAAAUGUAUACUUUGUGUUGCAAGUGUGCCAUGUCCUGUGAUUAAUAUGCUUUGUACAAACCCAAGUUUGCAUUUUUUGUCAGUAUUCUUCUAAAUAAACCUUCUGAAAUGAA